AUGACAUUGAUAAAAAAAACUAGCGAAAGGCUAGCAUCAAUCGAGGAUAAAACUGAAAGCAUAGAUUUUGCUCUAACACAGACAAGUAUAAAAAUAUCAACUCUUGAAAAACAAAAGGAGGAACUAAGAAAUGACAUGUCAUAUUUACAGGCGCAGUCUAUGCGCAACAACCUCGUGUUUUCAAAUAUCCCUGAGGCCCCGACCGAAACCAGUGAAACUACCGAGGUUAAACUACGGAAAUUUCUUAACGAAAAAAUGAAAAUCGCGGAAGACCUAGUGAACAAGAUGUCCUUUGAGAGAGUUCAUCGAAUGGGAGCUAAGCAUGACGGAAGAUGUCGCAACAUUGUUGCCAAAUUCACACUAUAUAAAGAAAAAGAACUCGUCCGAAAACAGUGGAAGACAUUGUCCAGUACUCCGUAUUAUGUGAAUGAACAAUUCCCAAAAGACAUCGUGGAUAAAAGGAAGAAGCUCCUUCUUAAAAUGAAAGAGGCUCGGCGGGAAGGUAACACGUCCUGGAUAUCAUAUGACACCCUCUACAUUAACGGCAAUCCUGUACGUGACUAG